AUGACUGAAGAACGACUUACUACUCUACCACCACAUGCUCCACCGACCGAAAACUCGAGAACCGGUGCAUAUUAUCCAACAUUUCAAGAUAUGAAAGCUGAUUCGAUAUCUAUUUUGGUAGAAACUUAUUGGAACAGUAAAGAUCCUAAUAAGAUAGUAUGGGAUUCGUCUAUUGUUGAAAAAAUCUAUAUUGAGGAAUUAGAAUCGAAAGGUUUUGAACCGAAAAAACUAAUGUUACUAGAGCUUAGCCAGUAUCUAGAAAAAUAUCUUUGGCCACAUUAUGAUUCACAAGCUUCACUUGCCCAUGUAUUAUCAAUUGUAUUGAUGGUCAAUGAAAAAUUUCGUGAGCGAGUAGCUGUAUGGGAUUGUUUUAUGAAAAGUCCUGAACAAUUCUCGGGUUUUUUCAACCGUGUUCUCGAACUUGCUAUUCCUCCACUAGCAAAUACACUUUCUCUUAUAGUACGAAAAUAUAUAGUAUUAUUCUUAGUUCAUGUUUUUCAGAGUAUUGAGAAUCAAUUAAUCCGGGGAGAAUCGUCAUUGAGAGAGCAAGAAUUCGCAAAUAACAAAGAUUUGAAAAAGAUUUGGAAUGUAUUUGUGAAAAGAUUCAAAAAAGCAGAUGAAUCACAAAAGAACAAAAUGAUUUUCGAGAGGACAUGGCUAAGCAACUUCAUGAAAGCAUUUGUGGAAAUUUUAUAUACAAUACCCGAAACUGGAGAAUUAAAUUUUGAAGUCUUAGCUUAUCUUGAACGUUGUCUGGAAUUUUUCAUUGACCUUGAAGCUCAACUUCCAACAAGACGUUAUUUUAAUAAAUUAUUAGAAGACCAUCAGAUAUUGACGCUUUGUAAAUUUGCACCGAUUAUGAAACGUGAUAUGUCAAACGAACUCCUUUUCAAGCAACUUUUAGAUAUAUUAAAGUUCUACGCUGGAUUUGAAAUUGAUGAUCAUACUGGUUUAGCUUUGACAGAUAACCGAAUGACAGAACUACAUUGUAAAAGAUUAACUGUUCUUCAGCGAAUCGCUUUUGAACAUUUUAAUAUCACAUUAAAAUCAUUGGCAUUAUCAAAUUUUGCUUCCAUUGAACGAAGGCCUGACUUACAAAGACAUUUUGAUGCAUUAACUCAUGAAGAAAUAAUAAGAUUAUGUGAAUUUUUAAAUAUUCGAACAAAUAAAUUGGUUGGUGGAGGACAUUACGAUAAAGAUUUUUUGGUGGAGGUGUUAGUUAGCAAAUUUGAAAAGAGAACGAGUCAAAUUGACCUGAUAAAUUCAAAACCACUUUAUCCAGAUGAGAAUGCUCUAUUUGAUGAUGCCGUCGUACAAACUCAAUUCUGGAAUAAUGAAGUGCCACUUGCACUACCAAAACUCAACUUACAAUUUCUUACCAUUCAUGAUUAUUUGUUGAGAAAUUUUAACUUGUUUCGAUUGGAAACAUCUUAUGAAAUUCGGCAAGAUAUUGAGGAUGUCGUGAAACGGCUGGCACCAAGAAUUUCUUACCUUUCGGGUAAAACUGAUUUCACUGGUUGGGCUCGUAUGGCAGUAGAAAUAGAGUCAUUUAAUAUAGUAGAGGUUGGUAAACCGAAUAUUGGUGAAAGUAAACCAUCAAUAGUCAAGGCCGAUGUGACAUUUAAUGUUGGUCGCUAUACAGAAUCUAUUCGUAAUGAAUGGGAUUCUUUGAAACCACAUGACGUGUUGUUUUUAUUAGCAAUACAGGCUCAUGAUGAUACUGCUGAAAAAUAUAAAGAUGUUAUGCCAUUCAGACAACAUUUUGGUUUAAAAUAUGUUCGAGGCUGUGAAGUUAGCGAUAUAAUUGGUGACGAUGGGAAGCCAAUUGAUGAAGUUGGAAAACCACGUAUUGAUGAUAAGAAACCUAAAAUUUCCGGAAAUAUGAGGACAGUUCGUGUGAUUUUGGAUCCGAACCAAUAUAAAAUUGAUAUGAAUAGAUUUUCAAGUACCAGGGAUGAAGAUGUAUAUGAAACUUUUAAU